CAGGGAGGAAACCCGGGGACACCCCUGAGGCACUUGCGUUUUGCCAGGAGCAGCAUUAAAACUGAGUGGUGACUUCAGGGUGGCUUGCUCUAGCCUUCAGGCAGUACGACCCUCUCUAGGCCACGUGGCUGGGCUCUUUCUUAAUGUCACUGGGCCGCCUUCAAGGAAGUAACCACCCCACAGUAACUCAACUUAUAAGUCACAGAAAACUGCUUCCUUGGGGGGAAAUGGGGUUCAGCUCUAACCUCCUUCAGUUUGACAAGGCUCCCCAUAAUUGCGUGAUCUUGGCCUGCAGCAUUUUGUUUUUGCCCUAAGCAUGAGCUGUGCUGAGGAAGGACGUGGUGCAGCAGCGCGUACUGCUCGUGAAAGGGCUCUGAUGGGCGACCGCUGUGGAAGAGAUGAUGCCUGCAGAUCUCUUGGGAUUUGCCUAUUGUGAAUUCAUGCUCUCUUCUAGGUUACAAGGGCGGUGGACAAUGCUAUGAUAGGAAUCAACAAAGAUAAAAGCCAAAUGCCUGGCAAAAGAACUGCUUUGGAAGAGAUCGGAAACAAAGUUACAACCAGAGGAGCACAUGUAGUAAAGAAAACAGAAAGCUUAAAAGCAUCCAUAAAGCCCUCCAAAGGAGGUAACAAGUCAACAAAUGUAACAGCACAACCAAAACAUCUAGCUGCGGUGAAACCACUGAAGGAAGCCAGUGUUCCAAAGAUUAUGUCUCCAACCCCUAUGGACAUAUCCAUGAAAGAAGAGGAUCUAUGCCAGGCUUUUUCUGAUGUACUGCUCAGCAAUGUUGAAGACAUUGAUGCUGAUGACUGGGAAAACCCUCAGCUUUGUAGUGACUACGUAAAGGAUAUCUAUCUAUAUCUGAGGCAGCUUGAGUUGCAGCAGCCAGUACGUUCACGCUAUCUUGACGGGAAGGAGAUCAAUGGACGCAUGCGUGCAAUCUUAGUUGACUGGCUUAUUCAAGUCCACUCAAGAUUCCAGCUUUUGCAGGAAACCCUGUAUAUGUGUGUUGGCAUUAUGGACCGUUUCUUACAAAAUCGCCUAGUUUCCCGAAACAAACUUCAAUUGGCUGGUGUGACAGCACUGUUUCUAGCUUCAAAAUAUGAAGAGAUAUUCUGUCCUGACAUCGCAGACUUUGUUUAUAUUACUGAUAAUGCCUACACUACUGCUCAGAUCAGAGAAAUGGAGGUGGCAAUUCUUAGAGAACUGAACUUUGACCUGGGGCGUCCCCUUCCACUCCAUUUCUUACGGAGAGCAUCAAAAGCUGGCGAGGCUGAUGCUGAGCAGCAUACACUAGCAAAAUACCUAAUGGAGCUGACGCUCGUGGACUAUGAUAUGGUGCACCAUCAUCCUUCGGAGAUAGCAGCUGCUGCUUUGUGCUUGUCUCAACAGGUUCUGGGCCAAGCCAAAUGGGGAAUAAAACAGCAGUACUACACUGGGUAUGCGGAAGAGAGUCUACUCCUAAUCAUGCAGCAUAUGGCCAAGAAUGUAGUCAAAGUAAAUGGGAAUCUAACAAAAUAUGUUGCUGUAAAGAACAAGUAUGCAAGCAGCAAACUUAUGAAGAUCAGUACACUUCCCCAACUGAACAGCAAAAUAAUCAAGGACCUAGCUGCAUUUGUCGUGGGAUAAUCUUAGGUAGCAAAUUCUUGUUCCAUGCACUUUGUCAACUUGCCUACUGAGGCAGAACUGCUGCUUUUGUACAUAUCUCUUCUGUUUUGAUACAGACGCUUCAGAUUCACUCUGAAAGCAGACUUUUUAAACUUGCCCUGUGAUACAUGUGUAUAUCUAAAAAUAAAGCUCCUUUAUUAAAAAUACUGCUCUUCUUUAUGCUGUUUACAAAAACCAAACCCCCCAAACUAGCAAGCUGACAACUUUUAAAGUGCAGGGAUUUUCAUUAGUCAGUUGUACCAAGGUUCAAUUCCUU